GGUGUAAAGAUGUCUUCUGAUUUGUUCUCUUUUCAAGGAAUAGAUAGUCUAUUAAUAGUGAAUAUGGAAUUUAAUAAUAAUUGCUAAAAUAUGCCUUCCCCCUCCACCCCCAGUAUUACCAAGCAUAGAAGUAAUAUUUUCAUGGCACUGUGCCUGAUAAGGCCUAAAUCCCAUACUGAGGAGGUAGAGUCUGUUCAAAGCCCAUCAUUUUAUUAUUUGAGCUUAGAAUUGUUUUCUCCAUUUGCACUGCAUUACAUUUAUUUGCACAGAAUUUUGUCUAUCUACAAUUUGUAUUUGCAAUGAGAAAACAAGAAAAGUCAAAGCUCAGCCUCAGCUGACACUGACCAACGUGGUGUCAGUCAAUAAAAAAGGCUUUUUAAAGUAGGUCAGUGGCAAGAGGAAGUCUAAGGAAAACGCUGGACUGGUAGUUGAUGCAGAUGAUAUCCUAACAAGUAAGGAUGAGGAAAAUAAGAAGCAGAAAAAAGACAUAGAGGGGUCUUGGAGCAGAAAGCAGAAUCAAUGGCAAAGAAGGGAUUAGGAAGUCUUAAGACACAGGUGAAGAGUAAGCCAAAUGUUUAAGACUGUAAGACCACAGGGUUUUUUCUUGCUGCUCCGUACCACGUAACAGUAAUCAAUCUUAAGAAUUCACAGAAAGGAGAAAAAAAAAAACCACAACAAUUUUGAACUGUGAUGGUAAUACCAGGCUCUGUGUCUUGGAAAGGAGAGGGGAAGAAGGUACCUAUCUGGAAAACAGAAGCAAUUGCGGUAUGUAAAAUCUGGAAAUGGAGAAAUGAAACUUCAGUUGGGCUCACUCAGCAUCUUUAAUGGUAGCUAUAAGGUCUGGUUUUCUCUCCUUCCACUCACUGACCUUGGGUCGCCGUCAGUCAAAAUGUCCCAUUUUGUGUUGUUUCGCUGGAUUGUGAUACAGACCUUUAUAGUGCACACCACAUCAGAAACUGUUGUUCGAGGAGUGAUAGGACAACCUGUCACAUUGCCUUGCUCCUACCGGGUGGCACGAGAGAAGGACAUCUCUGAUAUGUGCUGGGGCAGAGGCCCGUGCCCAAACUCCAAGUGUAAUAACAAACUUUUGCACACCACUGGGAGCAGGGUGACGUUCAGAACAUCACAGCGGUACAACCUGCAGGGCUACGUUUCCUAUGGAGAUGUGUCUCUGACAAUUCAGGAGCUGAAGGCAGAAGAUGCGGGCACAUACUGCUGCCGCGUGGAGAUCCCGGGCUGGUUCAAUGACAUCAAGAAGAACAUUCAGCUGGUGGUGCUCAGAGCAACCUCUGUGAAGAAGAAGCCUAAGAAAAAUGGUUCAAAAUCCACAAAACAUCCCAGAAAAACAACUUCUGCACCUCAAACAACCUCUGAUCUUCAAGGAUCAGUGCAGACUGCUGUCUUCCUGGCAACCACUGUCCCCCCAGCAGCUUCUGCAACCACUGAGUCUCCAAGAGUAACAACUGUUUUUUUCCCUCCAAUAUUUGAUCAGACAGCAAGUGGCAUUUCUCUAGAAAAAAUGGGGUCAACCAGUGCUCUCACAGAUUUUUCAGCCAGUUUUCAAGCAGUUGAUGUGAGGACUGAAAGUGAUGGCAUCUCCUACUCGACAGAGUUAAUCCUUCUUCCUGAAGCGACAGCCCUGCCAGAGCCAACCACACUUCAGACACCAAAGUCAACCCUCGGUCCUUCAGCAAUGAAUACGGCAUCAGAAACUGUUGUUCGAGGAGUGAUAGGACAACCUGUCACAUUGCCUUGCUCCUACUGGGUGGCACGAGAGAGGGACAUCUCUGAUAUGUGCUGGGGCAGAGGCCCGUGCCCAAACUCCAAGUGUAAUAACAAACUUUUGCACACCACUGGGAGUAGGGUGACGUUCAGAACAUCACAGCGGUACAACCUGCAGGGCUACGUUUCCUAUGGAGAUGUGUCUCUGACAAUUCAGGAGCUGAAGGCAGAAGAUGCAGGCACAUACUGCUGCCGCGUGGAGAUCCCGGGCUGGUUCAAUGACAUCAAGAAGAACAUUCAGCUGGUGGUGCUCAGAGCACCUCCAGUGAUGACAACAACCAUGGGAAAAGCUCCCACUUCCCCCAGCCAUUUCGGAACAACAACUUUUGCUCCCCAAGAAACUCAUGAUCUUCAAGCAACCACAUGGGCUGCUGUUCCCUCCACAGCACCUACAACCACCUGGUCUCCCCCAGCUUUUGAUGAGACAACAAGCGAUAACUUUCUGGAAAAAGUGGUGACUACCAGUGCCCUCCCACGUUUUUCAACCAAUUUCCAAACAAGUGAUGCGUGGACUGAAGGUGAAAGUGUGUUCUGUUCAACACAGCCUCUCUCCCCUCCCGAAGUGACUACUGAAUUCCCAAGUAUACUUUCGACUGCAGACAGAACUGAAGAGGCCAACACUUUUCUCUUGACAGAUGAUGUGCCAACUGUAGCGACAGCCCUGCCAGAGCCAACCACAUUUCAGACACCAAAGUCAACCCUCGGUCCUUCAGGGACUACACUGAGUUCAGCCAGCAAUACAGAGAAAACUGGGAUGAAACUUUCUUUUCCCAUCUCCACCAUUCUCACCGUAUCUCUCAUAGGGAUAUCCAUUAUUUUAAUGUUGAUACUCUUAUCGUUGCUUUGGAAGCGAAGACACACAAGGAAAUUUAUUAUGAAAAGCCUUAGACCAGCUGAAGACCUUGAAAAAGUUUUCAGUGGCUCUGAAGGAGAAAACAAUCUUUUUGUUCUGUGAAGAGCUCCUGCAUCUUCAGUGGAUGGCCUGGAAUAAAGCACAGCUGCACUGCAAAUAGAAAGGACCUGUUUCAAGCUGCAUCGAGAGACAUUUGUGAGCCCUUAAAAUAUCAGUGGGUGUAAACCAAAGGCCAAAGCUUCAACUAUGAAAAUUUAAAAUCUUUGUGCAAAUUUUGCCAUCUCACCUUUAAAGCGCACUGUAUAAAGAAGCUUCUUUUAGAGUAUGCAUUAUUCAGUAGCAUUUCUGGGAUCUGUGUUCUUGUUAAUACCAAAUUAAAUGUUUUUCUCUGAGUUUUCCUAAUGCUUUUCCUUAAAUACAACUCAGACUGUGAGGAACAGAAGAAAUAUCAGUGAAUGCUGCUUAACUUUGAAGUGCAAAGAAAUAUAUAAACCAGCAAAUACAAAGUUUCUUAUUGCUUUUAUAUAAUCAAGAGAAAAAUUAAGCCACAGGAAUGCCUUAAGAAUAAAUAAAGAUGUAGAUCACUUCAGGGGUUACAGUGCUGCCCUUGAUUCAGCAUGUUCGAGUGACCCUUGGAGACUACACUAAUAAACUUUGCAAUUUACCACUA